CAAUUUAAGAACAUGGUGGAAAUUGCUUUUCCAACAAUUUUGAUGAAUAUUUCUAAUAAGAUUUUGGGAGUGGAAGAUAUGGCAUUUAUUGGAAGAUUGGGCAGUGAGGAAUAUAUGGCAUCUGCUGCCUUGGCUAAUGCUAUUUUCUUUUGUUUGAGUUUUAUUUCAGUUGGUCUUAUUAAUGGACAAGAUACAUUUGUUGCACAAGCUUUUGGUGCUAAGAAUAAGCCACUUGUUGGAGUUUGGAUGCUGAGAAGUAUUACCUUGUUGGUGACAUUUUUGAUACCUGUAUUUAUUGUGCUCUUCUUUUUGGAAUUUUGCUUAACAACGAUAGGUGUUGAGGAGAGUAUUGCUCAUUUAUCUGGUCAAUUUGUUAGAUAUUUAUUACCUGGACUUUUACCAUUUGCUUUGAAUAGAUCGGUGGCCAGAUUUUUAGUUUCUGUUGAUGUGAGACUGCCCAAUACUAUUAUUCCAAUUGCUGCUAUUUUUGUAAACUUUGGAUUGAAUUGGUUGUUUGUAUUUGGAAUUGGAUUUAAAGGAAUUGGAUUUUUAGGAGCAGCCAUUGCUACAUCCCUUUCAAGACUUUUCAGUUUAAUGUGUUAUGUCUAUGUGCUAUAUCACCAUCGUGAAAAGUUUAAGGAAUGUAUUUAUGGAGCUAUGCAAUGGAAGGAAGUAUUUCAAAUUUCUGGUUUUGUUGAAUAUUUGAAACAAGCAAUUCCAGGUACAAUCGCAACAUGUUGUGAGGUGUGGGCCUUUGAAAUGACAACUUUGAUUGCUGCUUACAUGUCACCUACUCAUGUGGCUGCUCACUCAAUUGUGUUAAAUGUCACUUCAUUAUCAUUCAUGGUUCCUUUGGCCUUGUCUAGUGCUGCUGCUGUCAUGGUAGGCCAAAGACUUGGUGCCAGAAAUCCUCAAGAAGCCAAAUACUCUGCCUACCUGUGCCUGACUAGCUCUGGAUUGUUCAUGAUUAUCAAUGCUAUUGUCAUUGGAGCCUUCUCUACAUUGAUUCCUAGAAUUUACACAAAUGAACAACCAGUCAUUGAUAUGGCAGCUUCUAUUUUCCCUCUGGUUUCUCUAUUUGCUGUAACAGAUGGUAUUCAAGGUACUGCUUCUGGUGUAUUGCGUGGAGCAUCUUGUCAAAUGGUAUCAAUGGUUGCCAAUAUUAUUGCCUAUUACGUUAUUAGCAUUCCAAUUGGAAUGGUUUUGGCUUUUAUUGCUGAUUGGCAACUAUUUGGUUUGUGGACUGGUUUGACAAUUAGUUUAAUUCUCGUUGCAGGUUCAUUACUGCUCUAUAUCAUAUUCAGAAUUAAUUGGGAAAAGGAAUCU